AUGGAAAAGGAAAUAGAAGUUGUUUUGUUGGGGAAUGCUGUCCUAGCCUUUUGCAGUUUGCAUAUCGCUGAAAAAUGCAAAACUGUCAUGAAGGGAACAGAUGCUGUUGAAGAAAGUAAUGAUCUGGUUUCUGUUGACACUGAAACAACCGCUGCAGUACCGCUGCCCGUCGACAAUGAUUUGGUAAUAGGACGAGCCUCUGAAAAGAUGAUACUCGCUGAGAUUUCUGCUGAGGACUUGAGCGAAAACUCUACCAACAGUCCAGUCAGUAGCUCUUCCGAAGAUUCUCUUGGGAGGUUGGAGAGCACUCAUGAGAGUAGUGCGACCGAGAUGAGUACAGAGACGACACCGCGGUUACCCCAGUUUGAGUUCAUGCCUCAAUUUGAACACAGUACAUACGAUUUCAUGGUCCCGGAAGGCACGAGUCCAAAUUCCACAAUCCUGGCAGUGAUCUCCUAUCUGGGCCGAAAAGAUCGGCCUAUGCCUUUGUUCAAGAUUUCUUUCGACAGAAUGAGAUGGUUUGAGAUUGGCAGUGUCACGACAAGAGAGCUCGAAAAUUAUGCUGAAUAUAUGGUUACGAUCAAUCAACGAGCUGAUGUUUAUGUGCAACAUAGCUUAACGAAAAAUGGAUCAUAUAAGUUCUCCAUUGAGGCACAUGAUGAUGGGAAAAUCAACACAGCUAGCAUUCGCGUCGAUGUUCUAUCACUAUCUCCAACGACUCGUCGUACCACAAAAAUCACAACCUCAACAACUCAGGAGACUAUCCCGGUCGUCAACAUAACUACUACCCGAGAAGUAUUGUCGAUCACAACACCCUUGAUCACUACCACAAAGAAUCCUGCGGAUGGUACUAAGACUGGGAAGAGUGCAGACGCUGAGGUCACUGCUUCUUCUAGCGUUGAGAAUGAAACGACUGUGGCGGAGAACAUUGAAGUAGAAGUAACAGAGACAACAGGAAGGGUCACUAAGACCACCUCUGGUAAGGAAGAGGAAAGUGCCACCUCGGAAGCUAUAGAACUUCCUACGAGCGGAAGUGAAGAGAAUGAAGAGUCACAGAAGAAGACUACUACCGAAAUUUCACAGCCAAUCCCUACGGCUAUAAUAACUAUCAUAACUACUGAAACUUCUCCGCCAGAAUCUUCUAAUCCUGGACCAACAACCCUAGGAGAACUUGAUGUUCAGACCACUACAGCAGCAGCAGAUAAUCUUGAAGAAGUAACUUCAGAAACCACUGCUGAAGUUCUUGACGGUAGCACUGAGGAUGCCCUCUUCAGUAUGGCGUCCGACAUCUUCACGGAUUCUCAUCCUUCGUCAACGACUGCUCCUACAUCCACUGAAGAGAAUGCCAUGUCCGAAAAUGGGCAAGAAACUACGAACCCGGCUAAGGAAACUAUUACUAUGACCACCACAACCCUUGAGGAGGAAACAACGGAGAUUUCAGCUACUAGUAAUGAAGUCAUCACUAGCACGGAAGAGAAAAGAGAUGAGAUCAAAAUAGUUGUGGAAGGAGCCGAAGAAGAUAAAUUCCACAUUGAGGGCUCACUUGAGAGCGGAAGUUUGCUACGAGGACUAGCUGUCUCGGUCAUUUCGGGAGAAAAGAAAAAGGGAUACACAAAGCUUUUACUCGCUGAUGACAGCAUUUUUGACAUUAAACCAAAGCACUUGUAUUCUGGAAAUAAAGCAUAUCUCUUCGUCAAGAAUCCUUCCCUCCUGAGUACCUCAAACGCUGUAAAGAUCAUGGCAGAAGGAAAGAGUUCCACGGCUGCAAAAGAGAUUACGAUCACAGCUAUACCACCUGCCAGAACAGAAUCAAAAAAUGAUGUAAAUGUGGAGUCCGAAAUGAUCAAUGUGAUUGAAUACAAAGUUUCCAUACCUGAGGAUGCUCCAUCGGGUUUCACCGUUUAUCAAAUCAAAGACGGUGAUAGGAGAAAACUGGUUGGACCUCCUGGAGUGUUCUCUCUUAUCGGAAAGGAUCUCAUACUUACAUGCCCAGAUGAAGGAAGCUGCUUGGACUAUGAGAAGCAGCAAGUCUAUCACGUUCUUCUCGUAGAUACGCAGGGUCAGAUAACAGCUCCUGUUCAAAUUACGAUCAACGUACAGGAUGUUAAUGACAAUCAACCUCAUUUGGAGGUUUCUGACAAUCACAUACGAUUGUCUAACAACAGACUGAUAUCGCCAUUUUUUGUGCAGAUACUAGAUGGUGAUAGUCCAGCUGCAAGUGAAAAUCGCUUGUCGCUUGCUGGUAGCGCUGCAGGCUUUCUUGGGCUCUCCAAAAUAUCGGAAAACCUUUACCAAGUUGAUGUCAUUGGUUUCGCUCCAUCUGGCAAACAUGAGCUGGAGAUCACCGUAUCCGACGAUGUAUUUUCCGACAAAGUUACAGUAAAUGUUCAAGCACAGAACUCUCGUUCCCAUGCCCGCUUCAGACGACCGAAGUACACAAAAACUGUCACAGCGGAUAAAAUUCAUGAGGGAAACCAGCUUCUGCAGGUAGAGCUGGAAGGAGUACCCAUUGAUGAGGCUCGAUUUGUCAUUUUGCAAGGAAAUCCCGGUUGGCUAAGCAUUGAUGACUACGGAGGACGAAUUGGCAUAGCGAAGUUUAUAAAAGAAGUGGAAGCGGGUGAUUACACAGUGUCUGUUGGCGCCGUCGAUCGGCAGAGCAAUGCACUUCUAGCACAGACAACCAUGGAGAUAAAAGUAGUUGGUGGAGCGGAAAUGGACAAGAUGGUGUUCGAUCAGACCUUUUACGAGAGGAGCUACGAUCGCGAAAUGUCAAGUGACUUCACCGUUCCGUUCAAACUUUUGAAAAGAGCUCCAGUCACAGUGGAUACGGCGUUAGCUAUUGAUGAAAACGGUCAACAAAUAGAGUUUAAUAAAAGAGACGUGACUGUGAAGGAUCAAGCGGUGGUAUUCAAACAAUCUGCUUUGAGCAAUCUCAGAGCUGUCAGUGUGCAGUUGUCAUCGAACGGCGAAAAAGCAACGGUCAUGCUUUCGCUUACUUCUUCACCCGAGUUCAUCGAGAAGAAGAAACGAGAAUCUACCAGGCCCAUUUUUCCAAAGCCGUGGACUAGAACCAACAAUGUCAUCGAGGUAACCGUACCUGAAGAGCUCCCCAAAGGUUACAUAGUAUACUCUCUUCCUGCUGUGAAUCCUUCGGAUGGAUCACUCGUGGCUGUUAGAAUGGAUGGCAACAUGGCUGAAGCUUUCAACUUUGAUUCUAACACAGGAGCGGUUUCAAUUGCUCAUCGUCUGGAUUUUGAGUCGAUAACUCCAUACGAGCGGAGCUUUUCGUUAAUGUUAACGGCAGGCUCUCCUGAUUACGAGUCAGUGGCAGAGUUAAGGAUUACGGUGAUAAAUAUCGACGAUAAUCCGCCCGUUUUAGAGAAGGAGGGGCUGAACAAUGAGCUCCCAUUGCCCGAGAAUCUCCCUCCAUCAACAGUCAUUGCAAGCUUAGGAAUUAGCGACGCAGAUUUUCCAUCGAAAAAUGGCAGAUUUGUUGUCGAAAAAUCGGGUCUUGGAAGCGAGCUCUACACGGCUUCUGUGGUGAACUCAUCCCUGCUAGUUUCGGUAGCUGAAAAUGCAACUUUGGACCGUGAAACUAUGGAACGUCAGACGUUACAUCUGAUUGUGAAGGAUGAAGCUGGUAACCAGGAUUCAGCUACGCUCUCGAUCCGUCUGUUGGACGUGAAUGACAAUGCUCCACGAUUCUCACAGGACCAAUAUGCCAUGCAAGUAGUUGACAACUGGCCUCCUGGAGUUGUAGUGGAUCGUGUGAUGGCAACCGAUUCAGAUACCGGGAAAAAUGCACGAAUAAUUUACUCUCUUUCAACGGAAAGCGCAAAAUACUUUGCUGUCGAUGCCACCACCGGGGAAGUGUCAGUGGCCCGGGAACUUGCUGGAGCUGCUCGUGAACAGCCGUACGAAUUGGUCGUGGUCGCUGAAGAUGCAGGAACCCCUAGCCUCAGUUCUUCUGUGCGCAUAAAAGUGAAAGUUAGUGAACCUUUUAUGGAAAAGGACGGAGAAAAGGGACAAGUCAAUUUCAUUAAUCCGCCUGUGGAUUACGUUCUCAAGCUGAAAGAGGACACACCGGAGAACGAGCACAUCUAUCAAGUGAAAGCUCGUCUAGCGGGUAUGAGUGAGGAACGGAUGAACAUCAAGUAUUCGUUAAAGAAUCCCCGCAGUGAAGCACAGCAUUUUGGCAUCGACGAGUCUUCUGGAGAAGUUUAUGUCACAAAACCGUUAGAUUACGAAGAAGUCAAGUACUAUUCGCAGGCGGAGUGCGAAAAUUGUCGCAAACUUCCUGACACCACAACCCAUUCGCUCGGUCCAUUCUCCCUUACGGGGGUGGAUGAAUUACGGUUGAACGCCCACGAUGAAUACGCGAUUAUUCUGACGCUUUCCGGGCACAGCAGCCAGCACGAGAAUCUCGUGUUUGCAAAAGCUGUCUGGUUUUAUAUUCGCGUUCGCGUUCUUCCGCUCUUGCUUUUCGCUUCAACAGUUCCACGACAGUUGCGCGAACUCGGCCCAGCUGCCGCCUACGCGAAGGCCCCGCCCCAUCUCUCGAGCCAGCUCAACGGGUAG